CAGAGAAGCCCAUCGGGAGCUGGGGAGUGAGUCAGGCACCGGCUCCGGGGUGGCUUCCCCGCGGUGUCUGGGGUGGGGAGCAAACAGGAUGAACUGGCUGGGACCUGUGAUCUUCUCUCAGCCCCAUGCAAGCUCCAGGCUCCAUCCCCACCUCCUGAGACGCUUUUACGCCCACAGACGGCACCGGGAUUAAGAGCCUGGUCUGCAGGAGAGGGACGUACCCUGGAUGCUGCAGCCGAACCCUGCUCGUGGGCUCUGCACUCGGAGAGAUGAACCCCCGGCUGCCCUACGUGCUGCUGCUGGGGGCUGCGGUGGUGAUCUUGGCUCUGUCCUGCGUGCUGCUGAGCAGGGGCAGGCGAUCCCCUGGCUGUGAAUCCCAGCCCCGCACCGAGGAGGAGACGGGAGCCAGGAGCCAGAGCCUGGUCUUUGCGGACCUGACCCCCGCCGAGCUGGCCCAAGUGGUGCGGUACCUGCAGGGACACCUGGGGCUGCGGCUGGUGGACGCCGCGCGGGCAAAGCCCUCCGACAACUGCAUCGCCUCCGUGGAGCUGCAGGUCCCGGCCAAGGCAGAGGCGCUGCGGUUCCUGGACGGGGCGGGGGCUCGUCCCCCCCGCGAGGCGCUGGCUGUGCUCUACUUUGGGGAGCAGGCAGAGCCCAACGUCACCGAGUACGUGGUGGGGCCGCUGCCGGCGCCGGUGUAUCACCGGGACGUGACGGUGCGCAGGUACGGGGGGAAGGUGCCGUACCACCGCAGACCGAUGCUGGGCAGUGAGUAUGAGCAAGUGGGAGCUUUCUUGAAGACGGCGGCGUUUGCAGCAGCGCCGACCUUCCUGAAGGAAGUCCUCGAGUACGACAGCACCAAUGUGGUGUUUGAGAGCGCAGCCCCUCACGGGUUCCAGUCUGGAGACCGCAAGUCCUGGUUCGCCUUGUUCCAGAACGUGAGCGGGUUCUUCGUGCACCCGGUGGGGCUGGAGGUGCUGGUUGACCACAGCAGCCUGGACAUCUCCCAGUGGGCGGUGAGCAGGGUCUUCUACAACGGGCAGUACUACAGGGACAUGGUGCAGCUGGAGAGCGCCUACGUGCAGGGUCGCAUCAGCGUGGAGAAGGUGAGGAGAGCGCCGCGGGACGGGGACUUCUCGUCCAUGAAGCCGCGAGCGCCUUGGGCCGCGCUGUUCCCUUUGCAGUACGAGCCGCAGGGUCCCCGCUACAGCGUCAGGAACAACCACGUCCUCUACCAGGCGUGGAGCUUUGCCUUUGGGAUGAGCGCGAGCACGGGGCUGCGCCUCUUUGACAUCCGACACAAGGGGGAGAGGGUUGCCUAUGAAAUCAGCGUCCAAGAGGCAAUGUCCGUGUACGGCUCCAACUGCCCCGCAGGGAUGUCCACGAGGUACAUGGACAGGAGCUUUGGCAUCGGGCACUACACCUCCCCCUUGGUGCGAGGGGUCGACUGCCCCUAUUUAGCCACGUACCUGGAUGUGCACUUCCUGGCCCAUUCUCAGGUCCCCCAAAGCACUAAAGGUGCCAUCUGCAUCUUCGAGCAGAACCUGGGCUCCCCGCUCAGGCGCCACUACUCCAACCUGCAGUCGCUGUACUACGGGGGGCUGGUCAACUCUGCCCUGGUCCUUCGGUCCAUUGCCACCGUGGGCAACUACGACUACGUCUGGGACUUCAUCUUCUACCAGAACGGGGCCAUUGAAGGCAAGGUCCAGGCCACGGGGUACGCGAGCUCAUCCUUCCUCCAUGGGGAUGGCCUGCAAUACGGCAAUAGGGUUUGGGAGCACACGCUGGGUACCAUACACACCCAUUUCAUCAACUAUAAGGUGGACUUGGAUGUGGGAGGUAGGUCUGGGUCUUCCUUUACUGCCUGCCGUUAUCCUGGUAAACCCCAAUGCCCUGGGGGGUUGCCUCUUGUCUGCUGA